AUGGCGGCGCUCGGGCUGCAGCUCCGGCUCCGGCUCUGGCUCCCGGCGCUGCUCUUGGUGCUGCCGCUCUCGGGCCCGAGGCCGUGCACGGGCUCGGCUGCCGGUGGCCUUCUUCCACCCGUGGCCCCCGACUUCCCUUGCGUCCUGGGCUGUACUUGCAGCGAAGAAAUGCUGGACUGCAGCAGGCAGGCCUGGACUCGGAUCCCUCAGCAGCUGCCUGCCUGGGUCGUCUACCUGAACCUGAGCUACAAUAAGUUGGUAUCAAUUGAUCCCUCUGUCUUUAUAGAGCUGCCCAACCUCCGUGAAGUGCGCCUGGAUCACAAUGAGUUGACUAUGAUUCCCGAGUUAGGAGCUGCUUCUGCCCAUCUUAUCUCCCUUUAUCUACACCACAAUAAGAUCCGCAGCAUUGAGGCAAAUCAUCUAAAGCUCUACAAAUCCCUAGAAACACUGGACCUCACCAACAAUGAAAUAACCGAAAUCCGAAAUAAUUGCUUUACACAAGGACUUAAAAUAAAAGAUUUGUAUUUGGGCAACAACCGACUAAGUACUCUGGAACUUGGCACGUUUGACAACUUGUCAGACUCUUUACAAAUUCUUCGGCUAAGCAAAAACCGUAUUGCACAUCUUCCAGCAAAGGCAUUCAAGUUACCACACCUAAUACAGUUAGAGCUGAACCGAAACCGAAUCCGUCUCAUUGAUGGGCUAACAUUUCAUGGACUAGACAGCUUGGAAGUGCUUAAACUGCAGCGGAAUAAUAUCAGCAAACUCAUGGAUGGUGCUUUCUGGGGCGUUGCCAGGAUGCAAGUUCUGCAUUUGGACAAUAAUAACUUGAAUGAGGUGACCAGCGGCUGGCUUUAUGGGCUAUCUUCUCUGCAGCAGCUCUUCCUAAGCUAUAAUUCUGUCUCCCGAAUAAACCCUAAUGCCUGGGGAUUCUGCCAGAAGCUAACAGAACUGAAUCUUUCCUACAACAACCUGAUGAGAUUAGAUGAGGGAAGUCUUGCGGGUCUAAGUGGGUUACAGAUUCUCCGUUUGAGCCACAAUACAAUAAGCCAUGUUGCUGAAGGUGCGUUCAAGGGACUCAAAAACCUACGAACACUGGAACUAGACAAUAAUGAAAUCUCGGGGAUAAUAGAAGAUACAAAUGGGGCCUUUGCUGGCUUGGAUAGUCUGAGCAAGCUAACUCUGUUUGGAAACGAGAUCAAAUCUGUGGCCAAAAAAGCAUUCAUUGGAUUGGAGGCCCUUGAGCACCUAAACUUGGGGAAUAAUAUGAUCAGGUCUAUCCAAGGAGAAGCAUUUGCCAAAAUGAAAAAUCUAAAGGAAUUAUACAUGAACAGUGACAGCUUCUUAUGUGACUGUCAGCUAAAAUGGCUGCCGCAUUGGCUGUCAGGAAGAGGCUUCCAGGCCAGUGUAGAUGCAACAUGUGCACACCCAGAGUCACUGAAAAGCAAAAGCAUCUUCAGUGUCCCUGCAGAAAGCUUUGUUUGUGAUGAUUUCCCCAAACCCCAAAUAAUUGUUCAACCUGCAACAACCAUGGCUGUGCUCGGCAAGGACAUCCGAUUCAUUUGUUCAGCAGCGAGUAGUAGCGACUCUCCAAUGACAUUUGCUUGGAAGAAAGGCCAUGAGAUUCUUCAUGAUGCUGAAAUUGAGAACUUUGCACAUGUUCGAGCAAAGGACGGUGAAGUAAUGGAGUAUACUACUAUUCUUCAUUUAAGAGCUGUGCAGUUUACAGAUGAAGGAAGAUAUCAGUGUAUGAUAACAAACAACUUUGGAUCAACCUACUCCACCAGAGCUAAGCUUACUGUCAAUGUAUUGCCAUCGUUUGUUAAGAUUCCAAGAGAUCUAACUAUCCGAACCGGAGCAAAUGCUCGUCUUGAAUGUGCUGCAACUGGUCACCCAGCUCCACAGAUUGCAUGGCAGAAAGAUGGAGGCACAGAUUUUCCCGCUGCUCGGGAAAGGCGCAUGCACGUGAUGCCUGAAGAUGACGUUUUCUUUAUUGUGGAUGUAAAAACUGAAGACAUGGGUGUUUACAGUUGUACAGCUCAAAAUAUCGCUGGCACCAUUUCUGCCAAUGCUUCUCUCACAGUGUUAGAAACUCCAUCACUGGUUUAUCCCCUUGAAGACCAAACUGUGGCUAUUGGAGAAACUGUAGCUUUACAGUGUAUGGCAUCAGGCAGUCCUUCCCCUCGGAUAACUUGGCUUAAGAGCGAUGAGCCCCUUGUGGUUACAGAGAGGCACCACUUCACACCUGGCAACCAGUUGCUAAUUAUCCGAAACGUCGUAUCAAAUGAUGGGGGUAAAUACACAUGUGAGAUGUCCAAUACACUUGGCACAGAGCGAGCUUACAGCCACCUCAACAUUAUACAAUCAGCAAGUUGUGCUAUGGGACACGGCAAAAAGGAUGGAACUAUGACUGUGGGCAUUGUCAUUAUUGCAGUGGUCUGUAGUAUUGUGGUAACUUCGCUGGUAUGGGUAUGCAUCAUUUAUCAGACCAGGAAAAAAAGUGAAGAAUACAGUGUUACCAAUACAGAUGAAACCAUUGUACCACCUGAUGUACCAAGUUAUCUGUCUUCCCAAGGAACACUCUCUGAGCGUCAGGAAGCUUGUGUCAAAGUUGAUAGUGUCAGCAACUUACAGCUUGCAGUGACUAUACCCAAUGGCCACAUGGAGAGAAAUGGUAUGGUUCGGACUGACACUGGGAGCUGUACAGAUGUGGAGUCUCUUAAUGUUCCUUGCAGCAUUGUUUCAAAGCAUUGUAUUGGAUAUAAUGCUAAAGAUGGAUAUAAACAGGAACAUUUAAUUGAAGGAAGACUAUGCUCUGAAAAAAUAGGUACAUUUGGUGUUCCAGUGAUGGUUCCUGUUGAUCAAUUUGAGAAUGGUAACAUGUAUGCCAAGGAUCGAGAAUAUUGUACAAAACCUUAUAAAAUUAUAGAUCAUCCAUACCAGCAACACAGUCCAGAGCACUGCAGAACUGAUGGAAACACUUUAAAUCAUCUCUGCAAUGGGACUUUCAAUAGUGUGCGGGAGCAAGAAGACGCUAUAUAUCCUAGCAACCACGACAGGAUGCCUUCAGAGUCGGAAAAGUCAGCAGCUGAAAAAUGUCCAGACAAAAGAGAACCUGUUAGAACAACUCACAAUCCUGUGCGACAGUCAUCAUCGGAGGGCUUAAAACAGCAGCAAACAGCAAUGUGUGAAAAACCUCUGACUUUAUUGUACAGUGUACCUGAGGCUGAGGUCAGACAGACAUUACUACUAAAUGGAAAGCUACCACACUCAUGUGAGGUAUAGCUUGUAAAAGACCAAACUGAAGAAAAUUGCAGAUAAAUGCAUGCCUAUGCCUGUGCACUGAAAACUUUCGUCAGCUUUUGUUACUACCUCACCUGUUUGUAUAUCGUACCUCUUCACAAACCUGAAGACGUGUCAGGACAGAGCUUGUGGGAAAAAUCCUGUUCGAGCGUUUUUCUAAAAUUGUAUAUAUUCCUUAAGCUUCUAUGGGAAGUAUUAUUGGUAGUUCAACAAUUGACUUGCAUUUAAAGCAUGUAAAUGUGGGAAUGUAUAGACAAAGGAAUGCGUUUUAUAUGUUUGUACAUAAGAGUUUACAGAUAUGUAUCUUUUACAGAAGAUGUUAUUUUAAUCUUAUUUAGUGCAUGAAUAACUAAAAAUUUAGAUUUUUUUUCAAACUUUCUCCUUGCUACAUUGGUUGCUUUAUUCAAAUUUUCUAAAACCUCCUGGUGCCUUAAUGGUAGGAGUUCUAAUGCUGAUAUAAAUCUACUCUUCCCUACUACUGAAUGAUGUUACACGUAUCAAUACUUCAUUACAAAAGCAUUCUUGAACAAGUAAUGUGUAGGAUUUCAUAAAUACUUGAUAAGGACAUACUGCAUUUUAGAUCACAAAUUUCCCCAUGACUGCACACAAAGGUCUUGAUGUGGAUUUGGUACUGAGUAUAUUUGCAGUAAACCUACUCAAGUACUUGAGGAUCAUGGAGGAAAUCAACCUCAUUACACAGUAAUGUGCUUGAGUAAAAUUUUACACAUAUUGUCUUGCUGAAGGCUAAUAGCAACAAAGGAAAUUAUGGACUGCAAAACUACCUUUCUAGACCACAUGGGGUGUUAUCAGAAUUGUACUCUUUGUCUCUAAUAGGUGUCAAAGAGUUGAUAGUGAUGGAGAUAAACAAUAUUUACUGACUGCAAUCUUGAAUCCAUUUUGUUAGCAACUGUUCAUUACAAAUCCACUGUAGAAGUUAUUACUAAUCAAUCCUGCUAAAAUGGGAAACAAACUAAAUAUAAAGAUUCCUGAAAUCAGUAACAGAAUGUUGACCCUUCCAACACAUUUUCUAUUCUGAAUCGACCUCAAUUAAAUAGCUUAACAGAUUUAUUUUUCUUUUAUACAUUGUCAUAACAUACACAGCAACGCUGCUUUAGAGGCAAAGAAAAAGGAAGCGUUACUUUUCUGUACAAACGUAUUUAUUUAUAAAAUUUGGUAAUGUACAGAGAAAAAUGUAAGAUACAGAAGUGUCUAACAAAUGUUAUUGAAGUGAAUUUAAUAAAAAAUUUAUAAUAUCAGUAA